AUGUCUUCGUCAGUAAGAAAUAUCUCCAUAAGUAGUGUGCUAAAUAAAAAAAAAACAAAAAUAAAAAAAGAGAGUUGUAUUGAAAAUGCCCAUAUAUAUGAUAUCAGUGGGUGUGAUACAAACACAGAUCAUAACGAAACUAAUGUGCUUACAAAAAAAGAAAUAAAAAUGAAUAUUGAAAAUCUUAAUGAUAGUGAUUAUCAAAGGAACUGUUCCAAUUUCAGUUCCUUAAAAAAUUUAAUAGAAAAACAGAAAGUAAAAAAUAAGAACAGGAAUACUACUAAAGCUUGUUUAAUUAAUACGGGUGAUGAAAAUAAUACUUAUAACGUUAAAAAAUCUAAAAAAAAAAAAAAAAAUAUGAUAAAAAAAAUGUCUUUACCAAUGAACUCAAAAGUUGGUAGGAUAAAUAAAAAUACAAACAAAAGUGUAGAGGAUACAACAUUAAAUUUGGUUGAUGCCAAUGUAAAUGGUGAUGACAAGACUAGCGAGUUUACUACCCAUUCAAUGAAUGGAAAAAUGAAAUUACAAGGAUAUGAUUUUCAAAAAAAUAAAAAAUCAGUAAUUAUGAAAAAAUCCCAAAAUGCAAAUAUCUUUAAAAAACCAAAAAAUAUUAAACUUUUAUUUAAAGGUAAAAAUAUAAAAGAAAUUUUAAAUAAAAAAAAAAAUCUGAAAAUUGCUAAACAUGAUCAACAAAAAAAAAACAAAUGUUGUAAUGAAGAAAACAACAAUAAUUUUACUAAACAUUUUGAUAAUGCAUACAUAAGUGAUAAUAGUUGCUAUAGUAAAAAUAAUUUAGACAAUAAGGAAAGUGAAAACAUGCAUACUGACGAUGAUCGUAUUUAUUCCAUGUAUCGUCAAAAUGAUAUAAUUAAUAAUGUAAAAUAUUCUGAAACAUAUAGCAAAGACAAUUUACUGAAAAAUGAGGAUAUUAAAAAUAGUGAUCAUGCAACAUUUUUAAAGGAAGAAACAAAUAAUGAUAAACAGAAUAUACUUGAAACACAUUUGAGUUCAGAUUACAUUCAAGAAAAUGAUGAUAACUAUUUAAGUACUAAUUGUAAAUCUAUUGAUUUGAAUGAAAAUAAAAUAGAUAAUAAAUGCUCGGAAUAUAAUGACAUAUAUACAAAUGAACAAAACGAUGAAUCUAGAGAUGGCUAUAUUACAUAUAAAACGUAUGUCUUACAAAAUGAAUUAGAGAAUAUCAAUAAUAUUUCAUGUGAAAAUGAUGAUCAUUUAUCUGUCAAUGACUAUGACGGAGAUAAUGAUGAGCAAAGGGAAGAAGCAGAACAAAAGGAAGACGUCGAAGAAGACACAUCUGUAAACCUUGAUAUACAAAACCGUUCUUAUGCAAAUGAAAUUGAAUCUGAAAUUGUUCAACAUGAGGAACUUGAUGAGAUGGAGGUUCCGAAAAAUAUCGACUCUGUAGUUGAGAAUAACAAAAAUUAUGAAAGUCCAUUCAGCAAUUUUAAUGAUUUAACAGAUGGAUCACUUUCUAGUAUAUCUGAUUCAUUUAGUUUAAAACGGUUACCCAGAAUUCCAAAAAAUAUAAAUGUAAUAGAUAGUAAUGAAAAUAUAGAAAAAGUAGAUGAAGAAGAUUUGUCUUCUUCUUCUUUGAAUAUGAAUCUAAAAGAAUCUCAAAAAAAGGAAAAAAGAAAAAGAGAAGUAAAAAUCAAUGGCAUUUCUAAAGUUUAUGAAAAUGAUAAAUCUUUUUAUUAUUCAACUACAGUUUCAAAAAGUUUAUCAAAUAAUAAAUUGAGUAUAAGUCAAGAGUUAUAUGAAGAUAAUAAUAUUGUUAGUGUGUCUGAAGAACAUAGUAGUUCAUAUCUUGAAGAUGGUUAUGAUAUAAAUAGUAAUAUUAGUUGGGAAAGUAAAAUAAAAGAUGAAUAUGAAUCUAUUGAUAAUAAAAAUAUAAUUAGAUGUAAACAAGGUGGUAAUCAUUUCGAAACAAUUAACGAAGAUGUGAAGAACAAUUCAGGUUGUGGAUCAAAUUUUAUGGAUAAAAUGAAAAAAAAAAAUAAAACUAAAUAUGAUUUAUCAAAAUCGGACAACUAUUUUAUAGAGAAUAUAAAUGAUGAAAAAAAAAAUGUUGAAAAAUUUUAUUUUGCAAAUUCUGAACAUAGCUAUAGUAAUAAUUCUUCACUUAAUAUAAAUAUGUGUAUAGAAAAUUCAAAUGGGGAAAAUAGUAAUAUUUGUAAAAAAGUGAAUAAUAUUGAUGAUACUCAUUAUAGCGAUGAAAAUGAUUUUUUAACAAGUAACUCAUUAAACAUGCAAAAUUCCAAUCAUAGUUCUGGAGUAAAUAUUGAAAAUGUAGGUGAUCUAAAAGAAUCUCAUGAAAAUGACGAUAACAAAAUAACUUAUCAUAGUGACAGUAAUGGGGAGUGUAUUAGUCAGGAUAAUAAUGCACUGGAUUUAUCGCUACUUGAAAUGGGUGAAUAUAAUCGAAGGAAUCAGGAAAUUCAUCCCGUUCAAUGUGAUGAUGCAUCUAAUAAUGAAUCGGAGCAAGAUGGUGAUAAUUGCAUUAUAACCGAUAAUUAUAAUGCCGACAAAAAUGAAUAUUUAGUAACGCCACGUUUUUAUAAUAGCAAUAUUCUUUCAAAUGCAGACAACAAUUUUCAUGGGGAUUCUGAAACGGUACACUAUCGAGGCGUCGAUAAUAAUCCUAGUGCUGAACUAUUUUAUUCUUCCUCAUCCUUAAACAGUCAUAAUAGCCUUGAUCAAAGUCAAACAAAAAUGUAUGAGAAUAAAAUGUUAAUAAAUAAUAAUGAAGAAGAAAUUGAGCAUUGUUCAAAUGAGCACAAAGAUGCAAUAAACGAAAAAAGCGAUACAAAUUUUGAAAAUGAAAAUAAUAAUAAAAUUGUGGAUAAUAUAGAAAUAUCAGAAUCAAUUAACUUAAUAAAUUAUGUUGAACAUUCUCAAGAUAACGAUACUGAAUCCGAGAAAAAUGAGAUGGUUGACAAAGACGAAAACGAGGAUAGCUUUGAGCAAAUAGAAUACAAAAGUGAUUCUAAAAAAGAUGUAGAACCAGAAACGGAAUAUAAAACAAACGACAAUGAUAGCGCUAUGCUGAAUUCGAGUUUUCUUAAUGAAGACGAAAAAGAUGGAAAGUUGGGAAAUAGCUUGUUAAGCGAUGAUCCCCCCAAAAAAAAAAAAAAUAGAUUCAAAGGGAACAUAUUGCAAAGCAUUAAAAAAUUUAUAGGAAAGAGAGGCGCAUCGUCCCCCAAGAAAAUUGCUCACUGCGAAGAAGCAGAAAGGGAGGAGGAACUAGAAGCGGAAAAGGGAGAACCAAUGGGUGUUGAAGUAGAAGUAGAAGAAGAAAAGAUAGGAGAAAUCGAUAUUGAAAUAGAAGCAGAAAAGGGGGGAGAAAAGGAAGAAAAAAUAGAUGUUGAAACAGAACCAGAAAAGGAAGAAGUAAUGAAUGUUGAGGUCGAAGCAGAAAAAGAAGAAGUAAUGAAUGCUGAGGUAGAAGCAGAAAAAGAAGAAGAAGAGUAUGACAAUAAUAAUGAUAAAACUGAUAGCAAUAUGUGUGAACAAACCGAAGAUGAAAUUUCAUUGGGUGUGGACAAAUUAGAAUAUAGACAGUUUUCUGUUUCUAAUACAAAUACAGAAAUGUUAAAUAUUAAUAAAAAUGUUUUUGAUAAAAACAUAAUAUAUUAUAAACGAAUUAAAUCGAUGGAAUAUAAUCCCUCAUUAUACAUAAAUAAAGAGUGUGAAAAAAAAUAUGCAUAUUCAGAUGAUGAAAAUAUAAAAGUAAAUAAUAAAUUAAGGAGAGAAAAAACUGAAGAGGAUAAUAAAAAUUGUGUUAAAAUAAAUGAAGCAUAUGAUAAAGCAUGCGAUAAAGCAUGUGAUUUAAAGUAUGAGAAUAAGGAAACAAAAAAUGAAAACGAAAAUGAUCACAAUGAAGAGCUUAAAUAUAAUUAUAAUGAUGAUUCAUCAGUUUAUAGAGAAUUUAAUAAUAAAAAAUAUAUAAGCGAACUAAAAAGGGUUCUACAAGAAUUUAUGGAAAAGAAGGCAAUUUUGAAAAACAAAAAUAUCACUGUUGAAGAGAAUGACAUAGAUGCAGCAGAUUCUGAGAAAGUAGUAGAACCUAAAAUAGUAGAAGCGGGUUCAAUAGAAAUAGACAUAGUAGAAGCAGAAGAAGACGUAUUUACCCCAGUUCCAAUUUUUGCUAAUCCCAAGAUCGAUGAAGAAAAUGAAAAAAUAGAGGAUUCCAAAUUAAUUCAAGAUGAUAAAGAAGAAGACAAAAAAAAUAUUCCUUCGAACAUCAUCGAUGAAACAAAUCUCAUUAAAAUUAGCAAUGAUCAGUUAACAAAAGAAAAUGAUUCUUUGAAAAUAAAUUGUUAUAAUUUAACAAAUUUAAUAGAAGAUAUCAAGAAAGAAAAAUCGAAAUAUGAAUCCGAAAACAGUUCAUUAAAAGAGCAAAACGAAGAGCUAAAAAGUGAUAAUGAUUUGUUAAGAAGCGACAAUGAGACGCUUAGAUGUGACAUAGAAUCGUUAAGAAGCGACAAUGAAACGCUUAGAUGUGACAUAGAGUCGUUAAGAAGCGACAAUGAGACGCUUAGAUGUGACAUAGAGUCGUUAAGAAGCGAUAAUGAAACAUUAACAGAACAAAAUGGGGAGCUAGUCCAUAAAUGGGAAGACCUGCGCAAGCAGAAUGAAGAAGGGGAAGAUAAAAUUUCCAAACUUAUGGAAGAGAAUGAAAGGAUAAAAAAAGAUAUGGAAAAAAUAGCUAAGGAGAAAAAUAUGAUCAAAAAGGAGUACGAAAUAUUAUUAGAAGAAAAAAAUAGUUUGAAAAAUGAAAAUAUUAAUAACAUAUUAAAAAUAAAAUUAUUAAAAGACGAAAUAACUAAAGUUAAUAAUAACAGAACAGAGUUAGAGAUUGAAUUGGAAAACAACAAAAUAAAUAUAAUGCAAAAAAAUGAUGAUAUUAAUAGUAAAAAUAUAUUAAUCGAUGAAUUAAUUAAUGAAAAAAAUCUUUUAGAAGAACAAAUAGUUAGUUAUGAUGAAAAAAUGGAAGAGAUAGAAUCUAAGAAUAUCGAAAACGAUAAUUUGAAAAUGGAAAUAAUUGAAAUUAAAAAUGUUGUUAAUUCGAAGGAUAUAGAAAUAAGUGAUAUGAAAACAAAUGAGAAUGCAUUGAGAGACGAGAUAAAAAAAUAUAUAAGCAUGGCAGAUGUUGAUAAGCAAAGAAUAAAUAAUCUAAUGAAAGAAGUAGGCCUUUAUAGAACCGAUUUAGAAUCCAGAUGUUUAGAAAUAAAAAAAUACCAAGAUGAAGCAAAAGUUCAUGAAGAAGAAUCGAAUAAAAUAAAACAAGAAUUAGAUGCAUAUAGACAGGAAAUAGAAAAGAUACAAACCGAAUCUAAUAAACUUGAUGAAGAAAAUAAUAAAUAUAAAAAUGAAAUAAAUUUAUUACAAAAGGAUAAUGAUGAAUUAAAAAAUAAAGUAGCACAGUUUGAUGCCAAAGAAGAGGAAAUUAGGAAGAACGAAAAAGUAGGCGAAGAAAAUGAAUUAACGCAUAGCAAAGAUGAAAAGAACAUAUUCGAUAAAGAUAGUAAUAGUGAAAACACAAAUGAAUCAAUAAUAAAUAAUAAAGAGAGUAAGAAAAAUAAAUUUUUUGAUUUUGUAAAAAGUAUAACAAAUAAAUCAUCACCAGAACAUUUAGUGAAUUUAUUUGGAAAAAAAAAAAUCGAGAUUUUAAAUGAUAAAGAUGUUGAAAUUCAAGCAAAAUUAGAUUAUACAAAUUAUGGAAAAAUAUGCGAAGAAAUUGAUGAACUAGAUCUUGAAAAAUUACAAAAUGCACACAAACAGCUAAUAAAGAAAUACAUAUUUUUAGAAUAUUUUUUUAAAGAAUAUAAAAAUAAUAAAGAAGAUUUGGACAUAGAAAAUAAAUCUAAUGAGCAUGAAGAGAUAACACAAAUUUAUAAUAUUAUAAAUAAAUUGGAUCUAGAAAAAAAAAGAAAAGUAUUUCAAUACCUUGAAGAAUUAUGCAGCUCAUUAUCUUCAUCUGAAAAUUGCAAAAAUGAUAAAGUUAAUAAUUUUGAAAAUGGAUUUGAAGAAAUAGAAUGGGUAAAUAUGAUAAAAAAAUUAUUUGUAAAAUUAGACACAAAUGAAAAUGAUACUAUUUUAGAUAAAAUAUUUAAAAAGACAAACGAAAUUAUAAAAAAUGUUGAAAUAGUAAAAAAUGAUUUAUCAAAUAUAAAUAGUAGUAAUAAACAUAUGAAUACACAAAUAGAUUGUUUUAAAAUAAUUGCACAUCUAAAUACCAUAUUUGGGGAUACUUUAUUUAUUAAUUCAAAUAUAACAUUGAUUCAGCAAACGAUAAAAGAAAAAAAUAAAUUUAUAGACAAUUCCAAAUUGGAUUCAUUAAAAAAUAUAGACACUCUUAAUGACAAAGAAAAAGUAUCACCAUUUAAUAUGAUGAAAAAUGAAAUAAAUAAAAAUAGCACAGAAAAUUUAAAAGCCAAUGAUGAAAAUGAUUUUGAAUGGGAACAAAAUUUGAUAACUUUCUUUGAAUUAUGUUUUUGUAGUGAUCUGUUUAUAAUUUUAUGUCAUUUAUGUAAAGGAAUAAAUGAAAUAAAUUCCUAUGUAAGGAAAAAUGACGACGAUAAAUUAGAGAGAAGUAUUUUUUAUUUUAUGAAGUCCCUUGAUGAUAUAAUUAAUUUUUAUAAAUCCGAUAAUGUUAAUACAUACUUUUUAGAAUCAUAUGUUGAUUUGUUUCAGAUGAUAAAACAGUAUAUAGUAAAGAUUGAACAUAUAAUCAAAUCGGGAAAAAAAGAUAAAGUUUACAAAAUAGUUUACGAAAUUUAUAAUAUUAAAAAAGUAGUUCGAUUUAUUUUGUUAUCCUUUUUUAAGUUUCAUAAUAUGGGUACCGCAUCUAAAAUUCAACCUCCAUUACCUCAUAAUAGCAUUACUACUGUGAGGGAUACUAAAAAAAACGUAGAUUUAGCCAAGUCAUGGAAUAUAGAUGACAAUGAAAAAUUUUAUAAAGAUAGUGCAGAAAAAACAUAUUGGGGAAGUCUAAUGCAUAGCCAAUCCCAUGGUGCACGUAUUGAAGUGAAAAAAUAUGGAUCAUCAGAGAAUAAAAAUGAAGGUAAUUAUUAUUGGAAUGGAUAUGGUUCAACCUUUGUAAAGGAACAAAAUGAUAUGAAUAAAACUGUCAAAAAGAAUGGAGAAAGUGCAUUAACACAAUUAGAUAAUAUAACAAAUAAAAUUAUCGAAUACAAUUAUAAUUCACACAUCGUGCCAGCAUUAAUAGCUAACCAUAUUGAUGAGUCAAUAAUUUUGGAAAGGAAAGAAUAUGAAAAAGAAUUUUCAUAUAGAAAAGAAAAUUCAUAUGAAGAAAAUAAUACUAGUUGUCAUAUUUUAAUAAAGAAAAGAAUUUUAGAAAAUAUAAGACUUAAUACUAUAAUAAUUAAUAGUACAGAUUUUAUAGAAUAUAUAAAAGAGGAUAUUAUAAAAGAAAAAUUAAAUAAAAAUAUUUUUUUUAAAAAAAACUUUUCUAUAAAUAUAGACAUUAUUCAUAAACAUUUAUGUAUUAUGUUUAGAUUAAACAUAGGAAUAGAUUAUGAUUAUUUUCAUGAUAAGUUUAUUUCCUUUUUAAAUAAAAUAAUUUCACAAAGUGUUAACAACACCUAUAGUGAUAUUCCACAAAUAAGUAUCACUAAUCUUCCUAAAGAGCUGAAUUAUGACGACUCAUAUUUUAGUAAUAAUAAUUUAGAUCCAAAAGAAAAUAACACAUUCCCAAGUUGUUCUAUGAAAAAUAAUGACAUUGUCAAAAAAAAAAGUAAUGAGACAACCGAAAUGAAUUAUCCAUUACUUGAGAUUGACAAUAAAUUUAUGGGCAUAUUAUUUAAUAUGUGGCAAAAAAUGGAAAUUAAUUUUUUCGAAAAAAUAUACAACGAUAAUAUUAACUUUUCUUCUAAUAAAAUUUUAGAACCCAAAGAAAUAUCAAAAAAAAAUAUUUCAGAUACAGAUUCGAUUGAAAAUAGUCAUACGAACCAAAAGAAGCCGAGUUACCAUCUUGAUAUAGAUACACAAAAUGAUGAAAAUAAAAAUUGUACAAAAUCAAACACAUUUUUAAGUAAAUAUAAAAUAUCUAAUGAAUUAAGAGAACAAGAUUAUUCUAUAGAAGCUUAUAUAAAAUUAAUGGUUCUAGAUGUAUUUAAAUGUACUGAUGAAAAAAAAGAAAUAAGUAUAGACGAUUUUAUUAUUCUUUUUAAAAAUCUCAAUAUAAAUAUAAAAAUAGAUGCUAUUCAGACUACUUGGGGUAUUAUUAUUGGAUGUAGAAAUAUGAAUAUAGCAUUGAAAGAAAAGAUAUCGGUUGAAUCUUUUAUUAAAAAAGCAUAUACAACUAACCCUUCUUUAAUAUUCUAUGAGUAUUGUAAAACAAAAGUGAAACUUAAAGAAGCAAAAAAAAAUAUCAAACUCCUUCAAGUUUAUAACAAAAAAAUGCUUCUCUUAUUAAAAAAAUGA